CCGCGUCUGAGGAGUGGUUUCGAGAGUCACCACAAAUUGGGUUCAUUUCGUAUUGAAGACAAUCACAGCUAUAAUGACGUGAAUUGCGAGCAAAAUGUCGUCAAAAGCGACGAAGACUUGAAGACAAUCGAGAAAAUGGCGGUCAAUCUGAUGGACGGUUUCGCCGAGUCUUCGGUGAUAACUGACUACAAGUCAUACAAAUCGUUGAAAUGGAAGUACUUCUUAAAGUGGAUCCGAAGGUCGCGAUGUCUGGAGGACAGGCCAUCGGAAGCCUUACCACAGUUUGUCUCAUUCGGUGGUCUCUUCGCAUCACUGCUGAUGACUCCCAAUCUGUGCGAAGACUGGACUCUAUUGGUGUCGAAAUUCAAAGAAACCAUUUUCAUGAAUAAGAUCCGAUUCAGUGAUCACUCGAAGGGUCGGCACUCCAGAGACCAGUCACUCGAGCCAUCGCUCACUCGUGAGACGGCUUUUGUCGAUAAGAACCCAUACUUUGCGGCAAAAGUGACUCAAAUUGUGACCAAAAGUGACGAACAAGUGAUCAAUAGAUCUGUCAAUGAGUUCGAGAAGUGUUUCAAUUGUUUUGAGACUCAAAUCGGCGGACACCGAUUGCUAUUAAUGUCGGAAAUGGAUGCCAUCGACGAAGAGGACAAU